GUCAAAUCAUGUCCAACGUUGCUAAUUGUGUCCUACAUAGAUAAGCCAUAACUGACAAAGCAAUUCUUCCCUCGGACCAUGAAACAGCUGCUCUUUCUUCUCUUGAAUUUAUCCAGUACGCUUGCUGUACUGAAAUUUGCUUCAUACUAUGCUGAUCAUAUGGUUCUUCAAAGAGGUCCCCAGAGGGCGAUAGUCUGGGGCCAUGCUGCAACGAUAGGUGACGAGGUUACAGUCACGGUCAGUGGAAAAGGAGAGGUCAAGGUCAAUGUUGUGAGGGACCCAAAUGGAAAUGAGGGUUUAUGGAAGGCUAAACUGCCAGCUAUAACUGACCCUGGUCCCUUCACCUUGACGGCGUCAUCAUCAGAGGGGGACUUAACUCUAACAGACGUCAUGUUUGGUGACGUAUGGGUAUGCUCUGGACAGAGUAAUAUGGUGUUUACAAUGGGUAAGGUCAUUAACUCAUCUGCGGAAAUUGCAGAAACUCUAAAGUUCAAGACCAUAAGAAUCCUACAGACAUCACAGGUGGAAUCAACCACGCCCCUGGAAGACAUACAGAGAAUAGCCACCCAGUGGACUGAGCCGACUGAUGCCACUGUAUCCUCCUUCUCCGCCGUGUGUAUGCUGUUUGGGGAGUACCUAUUUCCAAACAGGAACUACCCUCUUGGGCUGAUCGACUCGGCAUGGGGUGGGACGCCUAUUGAAGCCUGGUCCUCUCCUGACGCCAUUGCCAAAUGUCCUACAUCCAAUAUAAGAGGCCCAGGUGAAAAAUCUGUAUUGUGGAAUGCUAUGAUCAACCCGUUUCUCGACAUGACCAUUUUUGGUGCCUUAUGGUAUCAAGGGGAGGCCAAUGCGGGGAAUCCAGAUCUGUAUGAAUGUCGGUUUCCUGCCAUGAUAAAUGAUUGGAGAGAAAAAUUUCAUGCUAGUUCAGAACAGGAGACAGAUAUCCAGUUUCCUUUCGGAUUUGUUCAGCUUGCUCCAAAUGCCAAAUCGACGGAUGUUGGAACUUUCCCUGCGCUAAGGUGGUCUCAAACUGCAGAUGUUGGUUUUGUCCCUAAUGAGAAGAUGCCAAAAACAUUCAUGGCUGUAGCCAUUGACCUACCUGAUUAUGACUCUCCCUUUGGGUCAAUCCAUCCACGGUAUAAGCAGGAUGUCGCCUCCCGUCUGGUUCUUGGGGCCAGAGCGGUCGCCUAUGGAGAAGAAGGGGUUAAGUUUCAGGGUCCUCUCCCUCAAACAGUCAGCCUUAACAAUGUCAAUAACGUCCUUAAUGUGAACUACGGAGACGAUAGUCCUAUAAAGGUUCUUGGCAACAACGGUUUUGAGGUGUGCUGUUCUAGCAGUAGUACAACCGAAUGCGCAGACUCGGAUGAGUGGGUGGCUGCACCAAUCACAGACCAAGACACAAACUCCGUAUCGGUAUCCGUAGCUGGCUGUGAGAGCAAGUCACCAGUUGGUCUCCGAUAUGAAUGGCGCACUAGUCCCUGUGAUCUCAAGGAUUGUGCUAUAUAUGGUAGUGAUACAGAUUUGCCAGCUCCACCCUACAUCAAAACGAGAGGGUUUUAGACAAGGAUAAACACAUUAGUCGUUCAUACUGAUUAUCAUGAAUACAAGUGUUUACAUUGCA